GAACUCUGAAUCAACAUUUUGCACUUGCACCUCGUCGACCGAGUACACUCGAACGUUGUCUCCAGUGAGACCAACAUCGACCAUUUCAACGACUUUAUCAUGUCAGACGACGAGGCACCGCCACCGACAAUCCACAAUGCUUAUCUGGAGGAUACCAUAAAGAUACUGCGUGACCCAAUUCGUGGCCAGGAUUCCAUCAAUACGUUCAAGGAAAUUCUCCAGCUUGCUGUCAAGCACGAUGUCGAUAUGAUCUUACUCGGUGGUGAUCUAUUUCACGAAAACCGCCCAUCGCGCGACUGCUUAUACCAGGUCAUGGCCCUUCUUCGGGAGUUCACACUUGGCGACAAGCCAGUUCAAAUUGAGCUCCUUAGCGAUCCCAAUGACGGACGAGCAGAGGGAUACAGCUUCCCAGCAGUCAAUUACGAAGACCCGAAUCUCAACGUUGCCAUUCCCGUCUUUAGCAUUCACGGAAAUCAUGACGACCCACAGGGCGCUGGACCUGAAGGUGCUCUGUGUGCACUCGACGUCCUCUCUGUAUCAGGGCUCAUAAACUACAUGGGCAAAUUCGACCUCCCACUAUCGAGCGCGUCGAAUCCGAACCCUGCAGAGGGCGAUUCGGGUAUAUCUAUCCGCCCCGUUCUUCUUCGCAAGGGUCAAACCCGUCUUGGCCUCUACGGAGUUGGCAAUGUCAAAGAUGCCCGCAUGCACUUCGAGCUCCGCAGCAAUCGAGUGCGGAUGUACAUGCCCAGGGACAAGGAAGAUUGGUUCAACGUGCUUGUGGUGCACCAAAAUCGUGUCCCCCACCCUCCAACUCCAGCUGUUCCAGAAGGCUUAUUUGACGACAGUAUCGACCUCGUUGUUUGGGGUCACGAGCACGACUGUCGCAUUGUCCCUGAACCCGUCGCUGGUCGUCCCUACCACGUCACGCAGCCGGGGUCGAGUGUGGCUACGAGUUUGGGCGAGGGCGAGGGGUUGGAGAAGCAUGUCGCCCUGCUCCAAAUUCAUCACAAAGAAUUCGAGCUUAAGCCUCUUCCUCUGCGUACCGUGCGUCCGUUCAUGUUGGGCGACGUUCUUCUCGCGGAGGUGGCAGAAGAGGAGGGGUUCGAUGUGAGCGAUCAAAUUGCUGUCGGGAAGUUUUUGAGAGCAAGGGUGAACGCUCUCAUUGACCAAGCGAACCAGUUAUGGGACGAGCGCAAUGCACACGCUGUAGAAGAAGGCGAAGAGGAGCUGCCACGUAUGCUGCCGCUUGUUCGACUCAAGGUGGACACCACCAACGUUCCAGCGAUGUCCAAUCCCAUCCGAUUCGGACAAGAAUUCACUGGGCGGAUUGCAAACCCACGCGACGUGCUCUCCUUCCACCGAUCUAAAGCACGCUCCGCCGGCUCCCGUACCGCGACCUCGGCGGACCAGCCUGAGCUGUCUAUUGAUGAUCCAGACCUCACGACGAGCGAAAAACUGGCGAAAGUGCGCGUGCAAACGUUGGUACAGGAAUAUUUAGCAGUGCAGGAGCUGCAGGUCCUUGGUGAGGCAGGGAUGAGUGAGGCGAUUAGGAUGUUUGUGGAGAAGGAUGAUGGGUGGGCUAUACAGACCGCGUUGCGCGCGCUCAUGAAAGGCGUGCAGGAGAAUGGGGAGGUGGAUGAGGAGGAUCUAGAUGACGUUCUCGUAAAAUUAAAGGAGCGACACAACCAGGAAUACGUAGAAAAAGCAAAGACAGGGAAGACAGGCAAGGGAAAGGGCAAAGAAAAAGCCUCCGCCCCAGCCGACUCCGAUGCCGACUCAAUGCUCAUGGACGUCGAUGGCGGGGACGAGGACGGGUCAGAUUUUGAAGAGCCCGCACCUCCGCCGAAAAAGAAGAAAGCUGCACCCGCGAAGAAGGCUGCGCCGGCGAAGAAAGGGAGGGGAAAUAAAGCUGUGGUUAGUGAAUCUGAGGAAGUCAUAGAAUUGGACGAAGAUGACGAUGAGGAGGAAGAUGAGGCACCGCCGAAAGUUACGAAGAAGACAAAUCGUGCUGCGGUAUUGAGGCCGUCGUCAGCACAGGGCACAUUUUUUGCGCCGUCAGGGCGAUCCUCUACACGUGCUGCGGCAACACGAGCAAAGGGCAAGAUGGCCAAUGUAGUCGAGGUGGACAGCGAUUGAUUGCGUGCGCAACUCCACAUGUUUACUGUUCUCAAGCUGAACACACCAGGAGAAUGGUUCAAUGUGUGAUCAGGCUCUAAGUUUAUGGAAUAGAAGCUAAUGGACGAUGAUGUGCGGUCAUAAGUUCAAGCUGCUCGUUAAUGAACAAUUUUGCCUAAUUGAAAGCAGUGGUUUGCAUAACUCUGCGGAGCGCUCCCACAGCGGUAUCCGGUUGCCGACGCUCACGCCCGGCGCUCAGCG